GCACGGAUUCAGGAAGCUCGUUUGGCUUUUGCCAACUUAUGUCACCUAUGGCGAAGGCGAGAUAUCCGUCUAUCAAUUAAUGGACGAGUAUAGUGUGCAGUGGUUCGCUCUGUUCUACUUUACGGCUGCGAAACGUGGCCAUUAAGAGUAGAAGAUAAUCGCAUGUUACUAGUAUUUGAUCAUAGAUGUCUUAGAAAUAUUGCUCGCAUUUGCUUGAAUCACAACGUAAGUAAUAAUGAAGUUAGACGCUGUAUAUUAGGGAAUGAUGGCAAAUCAGUUGAUGAGGUGGUGAAUCUUCAUCGACUGAGAUUGUUGGAUCAAGUGCUACUUAUGACUGAACACCGACUACCACGUCGCCCAACGCUGACUAAUAUUGCAGACGGUUGGAAGGAAGUUAGGGGUGGCCAAACCAAAACGUGGCAUCAGUGCUUGAAGACACUAAACUCUAGUCUGAGCCAUGUUGGUAGAUGCAGACUACUUGGUUGGGGUCCGCGUGACUAUCGUAACCAAUGGUUGGAGACUCUUGGUGACAUGGCUCAGAAUCGAUCACAAUGGCGUCGGUGUAUACACUCCCUGUCUUCCCUUAAACUAAGAGAUUAAAAUCACUUCAUAUCUUUCUUUCUACUAA